AGCUGCGCCUAAUUAAUGCGACACUUUUGACCGGCCGCACGAAACUCGGCCGGCCUUGACCAUGACAUCUGCUUCAAAUCUGGCUUCCAUCAAUUCAUUUCAAACAAUUGCAGCUUCAAGGCCAACUGGGUUUACUAGCUGCUUCGAUCAACCAUAUUCGUUUCCAAAGUGGAUCGUGAUGAGGAUCUUCAGAUGCUGCAGGGAAAAUGGGAAAAGAACAACUGGAAUGGAGCAGCUUGUUGUCGGAAUUAUUACUGGAGCUGCUUUAGGAUUCUUUCUUGGAGUUUUACGCCAAGCUUUAUUCACAUCAAAUAUGAAAAAUGUUUCAAUAGGUACUGUUAACAAACGUUUGCCGGACCAAGAAUCGGUCAAGUCAAGCGGAGAAAUCAGCACCACACAAAACCAAAACCUUGCCAAUUCUACAACGAUUUGGGUGGCAACAAAUCCAAAAGGAGCGGAGAGAUUAGUUCCCGGCAUUGUUGCAUCCGACUCGGAUUUUUUUCUCCGACGCUUAUGGGGAAAUCCAGCGCAGGAUCUAAUUACUAAACCCAAGUAUUUGGUAGCAUUUACGGUCAGCUACGACCAGAAGAAGAUCAUUGAUGCUGCAGUGAAAAAAUUUUCAGAUAACUUUACAAUUCUUCUAUUUCACUAUGAUGGUCGAACGUCUGAGUGGGAUGAAUUCGAGUGGUCCAAGAAGGCCAUCCAUGUUACCGUUCAUCAACAGACUAAAUGGUGGUAUGCAAAAAGAUUUCUACAUCCAAACAUUGUUGCACCAUAUGAAUAUAUAUUUAUAUGGGAUGAAGAUUUAGGAGUGGAGCAUUUUGACGCUGAAGAAUACAUUAAACUUGUGAGAAAACAUGGAUUGGAAAUUUCACAACCUGCAUUGGUACCCAAUGAGGGAGUGUGGAUAAUAUAUAACAUAACAAGGCAGAUAAACGGCAUGGAAGUUCACAAAGAAAUAAAUGAGAGAAGAGGUGAUCAAUUCCAAAACACUCGGCAACCUAUAGAUGCGGCAUUGGAUUUUAAGCUGAAAUUUUGUGGACAUCAUCUACAUUUCAUGAAGAACAUUCUCAAAAAUAUGCAUCAGGCAAUUCAACCCGGAAGAGUCUUUAACGCGGUUGGCUGUACGUGCCCGACCAGAUAAGUCCUCUAUAUAUCUCAUAUAGUAAUUCCUUAGUUUAAUAUCAGGUUUAUUGAGAUAAUGGCACCUGUCUUUUCUCGGAGUGCAUGGAAAUGUGUGUGGUAUAUGAUUCAGGUACAUGCAAAUGAAAUGUUAUCUAUAUAUCUCAUCACCUUUAAUUAAUUUCCCCCUUCUUUUGUUGUUACAAAAGAUAUGAAAAUCUCUACUUUAAUUUUCUCAUUUGAAUUCAGAAUGACUUAGUGCACGGUUGGGGAUUUGACUCUAAUUUUCGAAGAUGUGUAACGGGACCUGCUUGCAAAUUUGAAGCUAUUAGCCCACCAUACCAUUGGAGUACAUCUUUGCUUCUAGCUUGGGCAAGCAAAUUAGCUAAAACAAGCUAAUUGCUAGAAAGGAGAGAAACUUGAAUUAAAAUGAGACAAGCAUUGUGGCUAACCAUUGGACUAUCAUAUUGCUGGAAAAUGGAUUAGCUAGAAAAAAUGAUGUGGCAAGCAAAACUACAAUGUGUUUAGCUAACCAUUGGAGAUGCUCUUAUGUAUUCAAUGAAUACAUCAUCCACAUGUUUGGACGUUUGGUUUUCUUUCUCAAUCACUUGGUCAGAGUUGGGCUUACCAAAAAUGACACCAGAUAUUGAGAAGAUGGGAGUCGUUGAUGCUCAACCAAUUGUUCACCAAGGCAUACCUUCCCUUUCGGGCGCCAUGGAAAAUGGGAAUUCUACAAGAAACGAUGAAAAGAUGAAGAAUGAGACAUCCAAACGAAAUGAGGUAAGUAAUGCUGAUCAAAUUAAUGAAAUUAUAAUGUUAUGGACAUGAGUAUCAAAUAUGUCUACUGUUCAGUAAUGUUUUACACAUAGUAUAAGGAUGUUUUCUUUUGGACUGAAAUUUGCUGGUCUGGUCUGGUCUGGUCUGGUCUGGUCUGGUCUGAAUUGGUCUGGUCUGGUAAACGUCUGGUCUCUAUGUAUUUUAUAACUAUCCAAGUCUGGUCUGAUUUGGUCUGAUCUGUUUAAGUCUAGUCUGAUCUGGUCUGGUCUGGUCUAAGACUGAAGGAAAACAUCCUAAGUAUAAAACAUAAGCGAAAUGGAUAUCAAUAGUAGACUGUACUUCAGGGUUUUAUCCGACUUGAAGGAACAUCUUUCCUUCUUUUAAGUGGCAUAUAUAUAUACUUGACUGUUUUUGUUUGAUUUAUUUAGAUCUCUCACAUUUUAAUAUCACUCUUUUAUUAUUUUGCAUACAUACGUAAUUUCCAGAAAUCCCAUUUCACAUUUUGAAAAUUCUUCAACAACUCUAGAUGCGACAGUAGAUUUUGAAUGUGGUAUUUGUUAGGAAACUGAUGUAACAUACCUCGAAAGUACAAAAGCGGAAGUUUAAAAAUUUUCCCAAAUAGAUCUUCCCUGAUUAUAUGACAAAACAACGUGUUGGGUAAAUGGCCCAAGCCGAGGUCCGGCCCACUAACCCAUAUUGCCAGACGCACGUCCAGUUAGAACAUCAGGACAGCCCACGGGCCCAUGUUCCUGGAGGAUGGACGAACGUCUGGUGUCGGGGGCUCAGGCCCAGCAGCUCAUCCCGACGAACGUCUAUCCAGGGACAAGGAGCAGGACCACGGGCCACCAGGGAUGGCGACGAACGUCUCCAGAGCAAGCCUGUAGUCAUCGGAGAAAAACCCAGUCCACACGGUGAAUGUCUACAAGGCCAGGAGACGAACAGCCGAUACCUUGCGAGGGUCACUUGGAGCAAUCCAACUCACUUCCCGGGAGGACGAACGUCCCCACUAAUCAGGCGGGAAACCUAGAUUCUGGCGGGAAGUGCAUUUAAUGCUGAAGAUUUGGUAGUUGGGACACCAGCGGUCCACAGGCUGCCACGUCAGUUCAGCCACCUGCCCAUUGGUGGGUAUAAAUAGAAGCAUUUAUUUCAUUGUAAAGGGUUGGCAACUUUCUAUUCUUAGCACCCUAGCUAUAGCAUUCUUACUCGCAGCACUUCUACUGCCUUGUAAGACGAACGGCCGACGUGCCCUUUUUAGCAAGUAGAUUGUACUUAGGGGAGUUAUUACGGAGUUAAUAAUACCUAUUUACAUUGCCUGCUAUUAUUUUUGUUUCCUAAUCCAUCUGAAGGUUGUUGGGCUAGAUAUUUUUACACCUACUCCACUCGAAAUCUUUGGGCUUACGUGUUGGGCCUGAAGGUUGAAGGAAUAAACCUCAACACUGGCGCCGUCUGUGGGAAACUGAGCAAAAAGUUUCCAGAAACUCUCCCCAAAACAGCUACUAAAUCUACCUACAGCAACGCGAUGUCAGGAAGCAACAACCAGCGUGAUCUCUCCGAGCGUCUGGAAUCAAGCCGCCGGAAUCGCGGCCAGAACUCGGAACUAUCCGCAACAAUAUGGACCUCUGGAGGAAACGGGGGUAUCACUGACCUCAUUCCCCUGGAGGCCAGACAGGAUCCCCGCCUCAUGCGGGAACUCGCAGACACCAUGCGUCGCUUGGCGGACGAGCGGGAGGCCCGAGAUCAGGUGUACUCUGCAAGCACCCAGCGAACACCCCCCUCUCCCAUACGCCGCAUGCAGUCGUAUGAUGAUACGACAGGAUCCAGCGACCACCGGCCCUCUGUCCACGAGCGGCUAGGUGGGGGUUCAGGCUCCCGUGAAACGGGAGGGCGGACCAGGGUCAGCAUCGCUGCAUCCAGAGCUCUUACGCCAUCGGUUCCUCGCCAGAUCCCGCGGGGAGACGAAACCCCAAGGUUCAACACCGUUGGACGACGUUUCCAACGGCGAGGUGCGCAGAUCUUCAGGCGGCCGCACGAUGCUGUGGCCGCUCAGCAAAAUGCCGUCCCCGAGACCGCGCCCCCUGUGUCCCCCGGAAGGGCCGCACAGGAUGCAAGGUUGGAGGCCAUGGAAAGGCAGAUAGCCGAGAUGAAUAGGCGGGCGGACGUUGGCUCGGCCACACCCUCUUUCUCUCUCACAUCUCCCUUUACUCCACGGGUGAUGAGCGUCGAGAUUCCCCGGGAUUGCGGGACCCCCGGGAAACUUGGUGUACAAUGGGGCCGGCGACCCAAAAGCCCAUCUAAUAAGCUACCAAGGGAACCUGUCCAUGCUGGGAGCAUCGGACGAGGCCAUCUGCAGAUUGUUCUUCGGCACCCUCAGGGGGCCAGCGCAAGAAUGGUUCGGCCAGUUGAGGCCGGGCACCAUCGACUCAUAUGAACAACUCUCCCGGCAGUUCAUGGCACAAUUUGCCGCCAGUACCACCCCCAGGAAGGACGUCACGGCUCUCGCCCACAUCAAACAAGGGCGGGACGAACCGCUGGCUAGGUUCCUGGUGAGGUGGAGGGACGAGGUCCUGCAGGUCGACGAUCUGGACGAACGUCUGGCCACCAACAUGUUCACCAGUGCGCUGGCCACAGGGGAUCUAUACCGGGACCUAAGGAGGAAUCCCGGCACCAGCUACACCGAAGUUCUGGCUCGGGCCCAGAAGUAUGCCUCCAUUGAGGAGGAGAUCAGGCAGCGGGACGGGGUUCCCGCGGCCCAGCCGAGGAAAAUGGCGGACAGACUCGGACCCCGACCGGGAUCCGGGCCCUCACCCCCAAGCAAAAAGAAGAGGGUGGACGGAGCGAUGAUCCCUUGGAAGGUUCCGUCCGGAGACAGCCAAACGCGGCCGGACGACCGCUAUGUUCCGCUGGCCUACCCAGUGAGCCAAAUCUUUGAGGCCAUCAAAGAUAAGGGCCUCCUUACGGAACCCCAGGAUAUGAAGAAGUAUAUGGGGCUUGACCAAUCGGCCUACUGUGAGUACCAUCAGAGGAUCGGCCACCUGACGGACAAUUGCAGCCAACUGAAGAAGGCAAUCGACGAGCUGAUCCGUCAGGGGUACUUGGGCGAAUUCACCCAGCUGCUGAACAAAAACAGUCAGCAGAAGCCGAACCCAAGGCACAAGACAUGGCGCCGCGACGAUCGGCGCGAGGCAGAACCUCAGGACGUGGAUUAUCGAAGUGCAGAUAAACGUCCGGAGGGAUCCCUCGGCCCUAAGGGCAAGAAGAAAAAGUUGGAGAUCAAAGUGAUCUUCGGGGGCGCUGAGACUGGGGAUACACCCGCCGAGCGGAAAAAAUUUGAGAGAUCACUCUAUGUGGGUUCCGUAUCAGCACCCCCCACCAAACGCAAUAAAAUCGAGGCAAUUACCUUCGGCCCCCGCUGACCUGCCAAUGUCACCGGCGCCGCACAGAGACGAGCUGGUGAUCAGCAUGGACGUAAACGAUGCCAUCGUACGCCGCGUCCUUGUUGAUACCGGGAGCAGUGUGAACGUCCUCUACUGGGAGGCUUUCGAGGGAAUGAAGCUCAGGAAGGACAUGCUGCACCCUCUGCGUACCCCGCUGUCCGGCUUCACCGGGGAUUGCAUUGACGCUGAGGGCACCAUCACCUUGCCAGUAGAAAUCGGCGACGGCCCUCACACUGCCCGGAUCAGCAUGACGUUCGUCGUGGUCCGCCUAAAAUGCGCCCACAACGCCAUUUUGGGCCGACCCGGCUUGGAAGACUUGGGGGCCAUAUGCUCCGUACGACAUUCAUGCAUCAAAUUCCCCACCGACACUGGAGUGGGGGUGGCACGUACGGACCCACAUAUGGCCAGGGCCUGCUACACGAAGGCCAUGGAGAAGCUCAACGAGCGGGAGGCUCGGGUCAACAGCAUCUCCGAGAAGGCCAAACAGGCCGACUUGGACGCUCAUCUGGAACCAGCAACCCUGCUGGAGGAAAUCGAGCUCGACGACCCGACGGACAGGAAGGUGUCCAUCGGUGCAGAUCUAGAGCCAGAGAUCAGGGCGGGGGUCAUAGCUGUCCUCCGAAGGUUCAGGGUCUUAUUCGCCAGAGGGCCGGAGGACAUGCCGGGCAUCGACCCUAACCUCAUAUGCCAUAGACUCGCCAUGCGACCGGACGCCAAGCCUGUACAGCAAAAGAAAAGGUAUAUGGCGGCCGACCGACGCGAUUUCAUCAGGAAGGAGACGGCAACUCUCCUCAGCAUUAAACACAUCCGGCCGGUCAUCCACGUGGAGUGGCUGGCCAACGUGGUGCUAGCCCCGAAGGGCGACACUUGGCGGAUGUGCGUCGAUUACUCGGACCUGAACAAAGCUUGUCCGAUGGAUCCUUACCCUGUUCCGAGGAUCGACUUGCUGGUGGAUGAGACGGCAGGCUGCGAGCUGCUCAGCUUCAUGGACGCAUUCAGGGGCUACCAUCAGGUGUUCAUGCACCCCGAUGAUGCCGAAAAAACGGCGUUCGUUACGGCGGACGGCGUGUACUGCUACAUCGUCAUGCCGUUCGGCCUGAGGAACGCCAUGGCGACUUUUCAGAGGAUGAUUGGGAUGUUAUUCAAAGACGUACUCGGGAAGACAAUGGAAGCUUACGUGGAUGACAUCCUGAUCAAAAGCAAGAGAAAGGAGGACCAUGUCCAGGACAUGGAGAGGGUCUUUGGCAUCAUGGAGAGGGCCAGCAUGAGGCUCAACCCGAAGAAGUGUGCCUUCGCCGUCAGGGGCGGCAAGUUCCUCGGCUACAUGAUGAGCGAGCGGGGAAUCGAGCCUAACCCGGAGAAGGUGAAGGCAAUUAUGGACAUGGAGGCCCCGAAGAACCUAAAGGAUGUGCAGCGCCUCACCGGGCGUCUGGCGGCCCUGAGCAGAUUCCUGUCCAAGCUGGCUGACAAGGCGAUUCCUUUUUUCCAGAUCAUGAAGAAGGCCAAUCCCUUUGAAUGGACCCCGGAGUGUCAGGCUGCUUUCGAGGAUUUCAAGGUAUAUCUCUCCUCCCCGCUCGUCCUCACCAAAGCGGAUCCCGGGGAGAGACUGUACAUGUAUCUGGCAGUGGCCGAUCUGGCUGUAAGUGCCGUGCUGCUGAAGGAGUCUGAAGGAAUUCAGCGACCGAUAUACUUUGUGAGUAAGGCGCUGAACGGCCCCGAGACGAGAUACACACUGAUGGAGAAGACGAUCCUCGCCUUGAUUGCAUCCAUCAAGCGCCUGGCGCCGUAUUUUCAAGCACACCCGGUGACCGUCUACACAACGCAACCCCUCGCCACAAUCCUCAGAAAUCCAAUGGCGAGCGGGAGGAUAACCAAGUGGUCCUUGAUGAUCGGCCAGUACGACGUGGACUUCAAACCGAGGCCGACGAUCAAGGGGCAGGCACUAGCGGACUUCAUUGCAGAAUGCACCGCACGCACCGAGGACGAAACCCAUGACAGCAACGACUUCGACAAUUGGUGGGAGAUGUACACCGAUGGGGCCUCGAGUGCGCGAGGCUGUGGCGGAGGAGCAGUGAUCACUUCCCCUGAGGGUUUCAAGGCCUACUACUCUAUGAAAUUCGAGUUCAAGGUCACCAACAACGAGGCUGAGUACGAGGCGCUUAUCGCAGGGCUGAAAUGCGCGAAAGCCCUCGGAGCAGCUCGUCUGAAGGUGAGAAUGGACAGCCAGCUGGUGGUAACCCAGAUGAACGGCACUGCAGAAACCAGGGAGGAAAGAAUGAAGGUUUACAGGGAGUUGGCGGAGGAGCAGACCGCACAAUUUGAACAGGUGAUCCUCGAGCAGGUAUCACGGGUGGAAAAUGCAGAGGCGGACAUACUAUCAAAGCUAAGCAACCCCCCAACCGAUGAUCCAGCGUCAAACAUCCCCCGCCACAUCAGAGGCUUCGUCAGGCAGGAAGUGUUCCCAGCACCGGCGACGGACGUCAUCCAGGUAGAGGUUAUCUCCAUCGCCGAACCCAACUGGGCGAAGGAGAUAGCAGAUUACCUCAGGGAUGGAACACUCCCCGAGCCCGACGAGGAUGGCAGCACAGGGAGAGCUGCAUGGAUAAAGAGGCGUGCCCCUAACUUUGAACUUAUUGACGGGCAACUCUACAAGAAGACGUUCGGCGGGUCUUAUCUCAGGUGCCUCCCGCCGAGCCUGGCAGCGGCGGUGAUCGAAGAGAUACAUGAAGGGAUCUGUUCCAGCCACCAAGGCCCCCGAACCUUAGCCAGAAAAAUCAUCCUGCAGGGCUAUUACUGGCCGACCAUACAGCAAGAUUGCUUCAACCAUACUCGGAAAUGCGCAGUAUGCCAGCAGUAUGCACCUGUCCCCGGACGUCCGGCGAGUUUCUACACCCUGAUGACCAUCGCACUACCUUUUGCCAGGUGGGGCAUAGAUUUGCUGGGUCCUCUGCCAACGGCUGCUGGUGGAAGGAAGUUCGUCAUUGUGGCGGUUGAUUAUUUCACGAAGUGGGUCGAGGCCGAACCAUUGGCCUCCAUCACUGAAUUCCAGUGCCAGAAGUUCGUCUGGCAGAACAUCAUUUGCCGCUUCGGGAUCCCGGAGCAGAUCAUCACAGACAACGGUCGGCAGUUCGUCGGCAGAGGCUUUGAGGCAUACUUGGCAAAGUGGGGCAUCAGGCACUCUAAGGCCUCGGUGGCCUACCCGCAAGCCAACGGCCAAGUGGAGAACAUGAACCGGACCAUCAUGGACGGGAUCAAGAAGAAGUUGGAAGACUACACCUCCACCUGGCCGGAGCAGCUGAAUUAUGUCUUAUGGACGUACAGGACGACGCCAAGAACGGCGACCGGGGAAACACCUUUUGCCUUGGCUUACGGAUUCCAAGCUAAGGUACCGACGGAGGUAUUGGUACCUACCCAUCGCACCAAGCACUUCCAGCCGGAGGACAACGCGAUCAACCUACGAGCGGAGCUCCAUUUCAUUGAGGAACGGAGGGACCUAGCGGCUCGUCGCAUGGAAGAAUACCACAGGGCCACCCAGAGAUACUUCAACAAGGCCGUGAAAUUCCGCGAAAUAGAGGCCGGGGACCUCGUACUCAGGAAAAGAGAGAAGAGCAAGCCGCUCGAAGGUGGCAAGAUGGCGAAGAACUGGGAAGGACCUUACCAGGUCAUCAGAAGAUACAACCAGGGGACGUUCCUCCUCCAUACCCUGGAGGGGAACCAUGCCGGAAUGUGGAACGUAGAACACCUGAAGAAGUUCUAUCAAUAGUUAGAGGCUGUUGUCCUUGUUUCAUUCCCACUCCCAUGUAAAAUGACCGGACGUCGUCAAUAAUAAGGCCCCCUGUUUUUCAUCACUUCUGUUCUUGCCCACGGCCGUUAAAGAAGGGAAUCUCGAUGCAGAUAAACCUGUUCCUCCUUGCGAUGUCUACGGAUACCGAACGUCUCCUCGAAGUAGGGACGCCGGUAGGACCAAGGACGAACGAAGCACCGGGGAAUCUCGAUGCAGAUAAACCUGUUCCUCAUUGCGAUGUCCGCGGGUACCGAACGUCUCUUCGAUGUAAGAACGUCGGUAGGACCAAGGACCAAUGACGGACGAAGACUAUGAUUGCCUCCCUCAAAAAAAAAAAAAAAAAAUGGGGAGAAGAGGAGAGUAGCUCCUAUGCGGAAGGGAAUCUUGCCCGGGCGUGCCAGAUCUUCUCCCACCGCCGAAGGCGAACGCCUCUCGAUGUAGAGGUUAGUAGAGACGCGGAGGGGGCUAGACGAACCAAGGGAGCCUGCCAAGAUAAACCUGUUUAUCCCACAAAUGACCAUGGAUCGAUGGACGUGGGAUAACAAAGUCGGGAACCCGUGAGGGUAAACCUGUUCGUCCCUGCGAGUUCCUUGGGUACCGAACGUCCUCUUCGAAGCAAGAGACGCCGGUAAGACUAAAAGGACCACGGACGAACGAAAAAAGGGGGAAUCUCGAUGUAGAUACACCUGUUCUUCUUUGCGAUGUCUACGGAUACCGAACGUCUCCUCGAAGCAGGGACGCCGGUAGGACCAAGGACCAAGGACGAACGAACACUAAAAGACUCCAAAAAAAAAAAAAAAAAAAAAAAAGAUGCCAGAAGAGCACGGAGCAAAUAAUGAUUUUAUUCUUCGGCACUACUGGCCGGGAAAUUACAAUGUGCAAAGAUACAAUGCAAAGAAUGGAAACAAUUGUACAAGUAUAAGGUGAUGAACGGAGAAUCACUGCCGAUCGACGUCCGGAGUCUGCUUGGCUUUUUCCCUAGCUUCGGUCUCCUCUUGCUCCUUUCGCAGCUCAAGGGCCCCCGCAUGGGCAUCUGCCAUCAGGACGUCAAAGCCAGCCGCCUCCGGAUCGAAGGGAGCCCCAAAGUGACGCUCGAACGUCGGGAGAUUCUCCGCUACUAGCCCAACCAUACCUUUGCGGUAGGUGUCAUCGGCGAGAUCGUCAAGGAAACGACGUCCGGUGGGGGUGGCCUGGAGCAAUUUAACCCCAUCCUGGUAGGCAUCCGGGCAGGUGGCCAGGAACUCGCCGACGAGCCGCGGGAGGAACUUCAUGGCCAUGGUGUGGAUGGCGCCAGUAUAAGCCUUGGAUUUCUGGAAGGCAAUAGAACCAGACUCCUUGAUUUUGGCAACAUCGGCCUCAUAAAUAGGGACGUGAUUGUCCACGCCCGUCUGGCGAAGCUCCACCUUGGCCUUCUCUACGGCCCACAUCCGGCUGCGGAGAUCCACGAGCUCGGCCUCCUGCUUCUUGAGGAGCUCCUUCUGAGAGGCAUUCUCCUGAACAAGCUUAUCAUAGGCAUCGGCUUUCUCUUGAAGAGUGCCAGCCCUGCCUUUUGCAUUCCUCAGAAGGGCAUCACACUCAGCCCGCACUCUGGCCAUCUCCCUGCCCUGGUGCUCGAAGGCCAUCCGAGCCCUGUGAAAGUAGAGCCCGGCCUUGUCCAAGGUACUCUGGCCGCACUCCAAAAGAUCCUCAGGGGCCUCCUGAGCAGCGAAAUCCUGCGGGACCUUGAGAUUCAGCCCACACCAGAUGGAGGACGCUGUCUGGCCAAAGAGCAUCAUAGACUCUUUGCGGGGGCCGACCCCGGAAAACUCGAUCAGGCCAAGAGAAGACUCACCGGCUCCUGGGGGAGAAUUCGGACGGACGUCGCCAGAACCUUUGGCGGUUGGGGUAUCAUCAUCCCGGAGACGGCGGACGCCGGAAGUCCUCGGAGGAGAGGCACGGAGAUUGGUCCGAGAAGUGCGCUUCCGUUUGAGGGGACUUCCGGGCUCCCCAUCAGAGUCGUCAGCCACUAUAAUGGCCUUGGAGGCAGUACCCUCGACGCGCAGCCUCUUGGAAGCGCCAGCUCCCGAAUCAUCCUCGGCCCGUGCCCUGGUCACCCGGUGUUCGACCUUAGGGACGAGCGGCCUCCCGGGCUUGUCAUGCCCCUUGUGCUCACGGCCGGUGGCAGUCGAAGCAGCGUUGAUUCGGCCCAUGGUGGACGUGGAUAGAAAAACUCCUGCACAAAGGGAAUCAAGACGUUCAGAACCAUAACAGCGAAGAGAUGUUAAAACAAUACAGGUACAAACGGACGCACCUAAUCCAGCCCGAGCCUUAAAAGGCUCGGCCACCAGCAACCGGAGGUUCUGGAUGCCAAGUCCGGCUAUGCGCUUGGCAUAUCCAAGCUCCUCGUCCGUCAUGGGCGGCGGGAUCGUCUUCACGGGGUAAGCGUUCCACCGAUCAGAGAAUGGCAUCGGUGAGCCUACUCCGGCCAGGAAGAAGCGUUCUUCCCAACCGUCUGGGUUCCCAGCAUUGUUCGAGAAUAGAACCAUGGACGGACGGGCGAUCAGGGUCAAAUACCCUGUGCGUCCGAAGGUGGACAGACGGAAGAAGUGGUGCAGCAGAUCCACGGUGGGGGUCACACCGACGCUAUGGCAUCUAAUGAUGAAGCCAGCGAUUAUCCGAUAGGCGGCAGGGACGAGCUGCGCAGGCACAAUCUCAAGGGCCCUGAAAAGUUCCAAGUGGAAGCUGUGCAGGGGGAAGUUCAGCCCGGCUAUCACCGAAUCCAGGUGGACCACCACAUAGCCGGGCAGAUGGCGCAUGGGGUUCCGCAGACGCCGAUCGUCGUAGGCCCUUGGGGGAUAAAACCAUUGACUGAUCAGUCGCUUAUCAGCGUUCGUCAGGCGUUGAACUUGACGCCGAACGCAUGAGAAGCUGAGGCUGUAACGGGGAGGCCGGGGUGGCAUUCCCCGCUCAUAAUAUUCCAGGUCAUCACCGGAAGAACAUCCAUCGUCAAAGCGACUUUCGGAAGACAUGACAACGAACGGUACCUUUGGGGUUCGAGAUUUCCGAUACGGGUUGAGAGAAGUCUAGGGAGAGAAGACAAUUGUGCAGCGUAAGGAGAAAUGUGAGUGGAUCACUUGGACCCUGGGUAUUUAUAGGCAACACCGCGGAAUUGCCCCAACCGAAGCAGGACACGUGGCGCCUGGGUACCGGUACCUACCACGGCAUUUAAGGCGUCUCGAUUUUGUCGGUAAUUCCCCGGCUGACCCUAGCGUCGGCGGCUGAUGAGGACACACGCAUCAACCGGCUACGUCCGUCUUGCAGUACACCAGUUUUUCAUGUCACGCAACUAUAGACGAACGUCGUCACCGAGCGCUGUUUCAGGGAAAUACGCCCAUAUGUCCAUACUCGAGAGGCGUACUGACAAGGCAACUACCGACGAACGUCUUCCCAUUGUCAAGAUACCGCGUGGGCGGUAAAGAUGUGUCGAGGCGCCGGAAGGAUUUCUUAUACUACAAACGAUGGACACAAAAAGGAUGAAGUAAAAAUCACGUCCAUUAGGGGUGCACGGAGGAGGAACGUCGCCUUUCCACACUUCGUGCCGGAUGAACAUGCAGGACAGACGGACACCCUUGCGCGAAGCUUUAGCGUUCAUGCCACGCGACGAUAGAGGAACGUCGUUAGCAAGCAUUGAGGUAAUCUCCGAUGUGCGUAUGACCACACUUGCAAAGCAUGCUGUUUGGCCAACCCCCGACGAACGUCGUCUUGCCAUCAGAAUGCUGUUGCAGGAGGGGCAGCCAGUAUCGCGCCGGGUGUCACCGUCCGAAGACGAACCUUAACACUGGCGCCGCGCACUAAAUGUGUACAGGGUUUUGGCAAAGAGACGCCCCUGCCCCCAAACUAAAUGGGGAACAGAGAUGAACGUCCACGCAGACUAUGCGACAGAGAAUAUCGAAACACAAGGGGAGUUUCCAUACAACAAAGGACAAAAGGAAGGAAAAUAACAAGUAGAAAUCAUGAACAUGGAACAAUUAUGGGCAAAAAGAUGUAUAUUCUUCGGCUCUAACGGCCGGACAUUACAAAAGCACGAACGGAAAAAUACAAAUUAUAUUAUACAAAGAAAGGGGAUUCCGGUCGGCUGCCGCCCUGGUUCGGCUCCUCUUCCUCUUCCUCGGGCUCGGGGGACGGGGGUUCCGGAACUUCCCCCCAGCCUUGGCCUCUCCCCAAUUUCCCCAAGGCUUGGAGCAGCAGAUCAUCGUCUGUAUGUGCGGCAAGCUCGAAGCCGGCCCCCUGCAGCCUUGAGAAGAUGGGAAGGGUGGCCUUGACCCCCUCAUUAUAGCCAGCGGCGAAGGAGCUGUCGCCGACCUCGUAGAGGAAUUUAUGCGACAGGGGGGAGCUCUCCAGGAUCCGCACGCCGCUCGCCAAGCGCUGCCGGGGCGGGAUCUUUGCCAAUACUGCGGAGAAUACGUCACCGAAGGCCCCGGCGCAGUAGUCCCUGGCGGAGUCCAUAAACUCCCCGGUGUUCCGAUAGCCGGAGGUAUCAACCAGCCACUCCGGACUGGCAUCCCUUGCAGCAGGGUGCACCGGUACAAGCUUGAAGCCAGCUUUCUCAAGGCUGACCAGCUGCUGGCGGGAUUCCGCCCGCAGAGCGGCGACCUCUUUCUCCUUGGCCGCCGCCUCCGCCUCCGCUCGACGAGCGGCCUCCCGGGCCGCAGCAACGGCCGCAUCAGCUUUAGCCUUGGCCUCCUUCAGAUCGGCCUCCCUGGCAGCUUCAGCCUGAAGGACUAGAAGCCCAGACUGGAUGACAGAAGAAAAAAUAAGGAUCAGAGGAUGAACGUCAAGGAAAAGAUAUAUGUACUCAGAUCUAGCAAGGAGGAAUUACCUGAAGAGCGGCUGCCAGGGCAACGCUUGUCGCCUCAGAGGACGAACGGCUGGGCAGCUCGAGACCGGCCUUGAAGGCCAUCUCCCUCCAAAGCUCUUCCGCCGGGUGGCUCAAUGGUAGAGAGCCGGCAUCUUCAAGCAGGGGCCCGGCGGAGCCUGCCUCGCGGCCCCUCUUCUGUCUCUUCUCGGGGACUUUCUCCGUCCCCUUUUGAGGGGCCGCCUUCGACGGGGCGACCGGCGGUGGAAGGGCAGCUUCAAGAGCAGGAGCCCCAGAACCCUGAGCCAGCAUAGUGGCGAUCAGGUGCUGCUCACCCUCGGCAGUUCGCCGGGCAGCGUCAGAAGCCGAGGAGUUGGACUCCGAGGCGGGGGCAUUUUUGGCUUUCGCCAGUGCGGCUUUAGCAGCGGCCGCUUUGGCCUUCCUUGUCUUCAAACACUCGGCGUGAUUCAUCUGAUCUCUGUCUGGCGGAGAACCUGCAAGAAACAACAAGGAUUAGAAGACGAGCGGGAAAUAGAAUAAGACACUCACCUCGAAGGACAGGACCGCCCGGUGCCCCGAGACGAGCGUCGAAGGGUAGAAAAAGUCCAGGGACACGGGCGGUACCUAUGCCUGCCCCGGAGAGUGCCUCGAAGGUCAGAUACUCGGCUAUUGGACGGACGCCCCCCUCCAACACCUUCUCCACAUCCCAGAGUAGAUCGUCGGUCGGCUCCGGAGACUCAAUCUUUGGAGGAUAACCAUUCCACCGAACCGGGAGGGGGGGCCCAUCGUAUCUGAGGAAGAAGAAGCGGUUCUUCCAGUCGUGAAUGGACGAAGGGUAAUUCUUGAAGAGCUUCCUCCCUGGACGUGCGGCCACGCUCAGAUAACCGUCGGAGUUCUGGGGGGUGAUGCGGUAGAAGUAGUGGAAAAGCUCCAGGGUGGCAGUGGCUCCCGCUAACUUGCAGCGCACCAGGAAGGCAGAUAUGAACCUGUAAGAAUUUGGCAUGAACUGCGCCGGGGCCACCUGGAAACAGUGGAAGAAUUCCACAUAGAACGAAUGAAGUGGGAACCGCAGCCCAGCUUCAACGGAAUCCAGGUGAAGCAUGAUCAUCCCCGGGCGUCUCCUCAUCACGUGCUCAGCGCCUCUCACGCUCCAGACGAACGGCGGGGGGAAGAAAGUGCGGAUUUUGUUCAGAGCAACCCGGGAGAGGACCUGAUCGUGAUCAAGGGCGCUUCUGAUCGGACAGAUGUGGCGCUCCCUGUCCGUGGGGAUGCCCAGGUCAUAUACAUCCAUGUCAGAGCCAGAUUCGGCUUCUUCCCCGGAGUCAUAAUUGGCGGGACGCUCAUUCAGGGGGACUGCGUCAAUAAUAUCUACUGCCCCGUCAGCACCCCCGCCCCCGGCGUCACUCCCACUACUCUGAGAAGCAUCAUCCGGCUCAACAUCAGCCCGGAUGGUCCCUACCGUCGUGGCCGAACCAGAGGUCCCAGAAAUACUGGCCUUCCCGGGGGAGCGCGCACUCACAUCAACCGAAGAGGAGCCCGAGGAGGAACCCGACGAACCGGAGUCAGAACUUGACGAAAUCUCCAUCGAAGUCAUUUCGGCUAAGAAUCAGAACAAGAAAGAAGCAGAAGGGGGAAAUUACCUUACAAAGGGGUUAGCCGAAUUCAGGAGACUUGAAGAGCUGCGGAAAAUCGAGAGCAAGAGAGCAGAAAUUGGGAACCCUAAUUCAGAGGGAAAACCCGGCAUUUAUAGGAGAGAACACCGAUGGGGAAGCCAACGAGGGGCUGACACGUGGCAAGGAGCGUAUUCCGGCCCACGCGCUGUGCGUGGGGCAAAAACGUAAUGAUGACAUUUCCUCGGGAAAUACUCCGCCGCAACAUCAGCCGUCACCUCGUUUCCUGAACCGUCGACAACUGUCAAGCACCAUGACCACGAGCGUACGCUUCCAACGGGUGCAGAAAACUCAAGUACCAAGGCAUGAACGUCUGCCUCGAGGGGAUUCCUACUUCCUUAUGUCCUGCGCGAGCCCAGAACAUCAGAAGUGGGGGACUUGUGUUGGGUAAAUGGCCCAAGCCGAGGUCCGGCCCACUAACCCAUAUUGCCAGACGCACGUCCAGUUAGAACAUCAGGGCAGCCCACGGGCCCAUGUUCCUGGAGGAUGGACGAACGUCUGGUGUCGGGGGCUCAGGCCCAGCAGCUCAUCCCGACGAACGUCUAUCCAGGGACAAGGAGCAGGACCACGGGCCACCAGGGAUGGCGACGAACGUCUCCAGAGCAAGCCUGUAGUCAUCGGAGAAAAACCCAGUCCACACGGUGAAUGUCUACAAGGCCAGGAGACGAACAGCCGAUACCUUGCGAGGGUCACUUGGAGCAAUCCAACUCACUUCCCGGGAGGAAGAACGUCCCCACUAAUCAGGCGGGAAACCUAGAUUCUGGCGGGAAGUGCAUUUAAUGCUGAAGAUUUGGUAGUUGGGACACCAGCGGUCCACAGGCUGCCACGUCAGUUCAGCCACCUGCCCAUUGGUGGGUAUAAAUAGAAGCAUUUAUUUCAUUGUAAAGGGUUGGCAACUUUCUAUUCUUAGCACCCUAGCUAUAGCAUUCUUACUCGCAGCACUUCUACUGCCUUGUAAGACGAACGGCCGACGUGCCCUUUUUAGCAAGUAGAUUGUACUUAGGGGAGUUAUUACGGAGUUAAUAAUACCUAUUUACAUUGCCUGCUAUUAUUUUUGUUUCCUGAUCCAUCUGAAGGUUGUUGGGCUAGAUAUUUUUACACCUACUCCACUCGAAAUCUUUGGGCUUACGUGUUGGGCCUGAAGGUUGAAGGAAUAAACCUCAACACAACGAAUAUAAGAAAAACAACAUAUUUGUGUUAGAACUUACAAAUCUUCCAGCCUCGGUGGUGAUAAUCUUUGACAUUAGAUAUCCACGUGAUUUAUCAUUUACGAAAGAACGGUUAGAUCUCCCAUAGAGAAAGAAUAGGAAAUCCAUUCACAGGGAAAUAAAUUGGUAAUAUUGAAUCUAGAAAACUGGUCACCUAAUUAUGAAGGAGGUAUGUAUUUAUACUAGUUCUAAACUAGUUUCUCAAUCACAAUGAAAGUAUUUCUCAUUAAUGAGUGUUAAGACACGGGGUUCCAUCCUAAAAGGUUAACCUGAUAGGAGGAGGAUCUCACAUCUUAAUAUAGCACUUUGUUGAUUCAAACUUUUCCGGUGUGGGAUUCUAACACCCCUCCUCACGACCGGACACUUCGUCUGGAUCGUGCUGUCAUUCAUUUUUUCCGUCGGUUCGUCAUUGUCAUUUUUUCAUAAUCGUGUCGUCAUUUUUCAUAAGUGGACCCACAUCAUUGAUCGAUUUGGCUCUGAUACCAUGUUAAGACACGGGGUUCCAUCCUAAAAGGUUAACCUGAUAGGAGGAGGAUCUCACAUCUUAAUAUAGCACUUUGUUGAUUCAAACUUUUCCGGUGUGGGAUUCUAACAAUGAAUUCUAAUCCAAUUAGAACCAAUGUCAUUUAUUUAAUCAAAUAAAUAAAUAAAUAAAUAAAUAAAUAAAUAAAUAAAUCAAACUAACUAGUAAUAAGGGGAAAGUGGGCUGCACACCACUCUCCACCCUUUAUUAUAUUAUUUAUUUUAUCUAAUUUAUUAACUAAAUAUUAAUUAAAUAAUAUAAAGAAUAAAUAAUAAUAAAAUAACAAUAAGAGAAAAAUUGGAACUGAAAGUAAUUUUCCGUCUCCUCUGUAUUCAAUAAACUCGAGUAUAUAUACAAGUUACAUGAUCGAGUUUGGGCUGCCAACCCAUUAAAGGAUAAAGCCUAUCGCUAUGAUUAGAUAACAACAAACUAUAAUACACGUGCUGGACUACUGAAUUAUAGCAACAGAAACUAUUGGAUAGAAUUUACAAAAUGUAACAAUUAAAUCCACUCGAUAGCUUUGUAGACUGCCGAAUAUGUGCAUGGUCACAUGCGUACGUAAAAUAUGUGCUAACACGCCCCCGCAGUGAAAACGGGAGGUUCACGAACGUUGAGACUGGACCGAAAUUCAUC